AAAGCUGCCACGCAGCACUAGGAAUUAAAGUCCAGGAGGCUGGUCUUCCAGGAAGCCAAAGAACAAAGAUCUUUUCAUAUAAAUAGCAGUAAACAGCAUUACCUUCAUUCUCCAACCAAAUCACAAAGGAAAAAGGUAAAGGGGAUCUCUUACUGUGAGUAGUUGAGUUGAAGGGCCAAGGUAGGGGAUAGGAAUACAAAGAUUUAGAUGGGUGGGAACCUGAAACGUUGUCCCAUAUCUACAAGGAAAAUUAGAGAGAAAAAUAUAGGCUUUAAAAUUAGUUGUUUCCAGUGUUUUCCUAAAAUGUUGACAUAAUAACAUCUCAAAAUGUUUCACUAAUUAUUCACGACAUAGCUUGUAAGAGGUUGUUACAAGGAAACUUUAACAAAAUGAAUUGUAUAGUUUUGGACAAAAAAGAGUUCUCACCUUCACAAGAAUGGUGUAUCUAAUCAUCAAGCGGCAAUCAAUAAAAAGCAGGUUAAAUGACUAUAUUAUGUUCUCCACAGGUGCCUGAUCACUGAAGAUCAUCAAAAUGUUCAUACGGGUAGUAGUCCUGGCGCUGGUUCUAUGCGCUAUUAAAGGUGAGUAAGGGGGGAAGAACCUGGGGUUUGAGACGUAUGUGUGACAUGUAGUGGGGAAUUAAAAGCAAACAAGAUGUCCAUAGGCCUUAGAGGUGGACUGGAAAGGUACAGGCUCUAGAUCUCUAUGUUGGGACUCAAAAAAAAAGUCUAUAUGUCAUUUUAGUGGGUCUUUGCUAGUACGAAUAAACAUAUUAUUAUUUAUUAGUGCUUUCUCCUGUGGAAAGGAGUCUACUGAAAUUGCUUAGCAGAAUAAAAUAAUUGUCACCUGAAAAAUAUUUUUAUGUAAUUAUCCUCUCCUCAAGUUUUGAAAGGAAAUGUUUUUUUUUAAUGAAAUUUAUGUAAAAACUGAGACAAGCUCUACAUUUUUUAUAUGACUUUAGCCAUAUACAUUCACGUUGCGUCAGACAGUGUUUGUAAACUGAUAGUAACUCUAUGUUUUUUCCCGCUUCACUGUCUAAACAGAAGCAGGGAAGAUCAUAGAGACUAACUGUUGGUUUUCAAACACUUUCUGACCUAAGGUGUGUGUAUAUUGCUGAAGGAUCCUGUCAUAUAAUAAAAGUAGGGAUGAGUUUUUCUCAUUUAUUUUAGAUAUACUUCAUUUAAAUAAAUAGUUUUUCUUUCAAAACUUGAUGAAGGGGUUAUUAUGUAAAAAACAUUUUUUUGAUGUGACAGCUGUCCUUUCAUUUUAAUGUUUAUACUUCAUGUGAAGAAUGUGUCACAGAGCUAAUUUUCAAGUUGAACAAUGGGUCACCACACUAACGCCACCAACACCAUUUUGGCUCCUGAAAAUGAAAGGCCGGAAAUGAAUGAUCUAAAUCAGUAGUUCCCAAGCCAGUUUACUGGGUAAUCCCUAAAUCCUGGACUGGUAGGGGUGCCUUGAGGACUGGUAUGGGAACCACUGAUCUAGCUGAUAUUAAAUUAUGAUCACAUUUCAAGAUAAAAUGAGAUAACUCAUAAACACAGGCAAGAGUGAGCGUUUCUGUGAGUGUGCACUUGAGUAAUGACACUUCUUCUCUUAGAAUCGCGAGCCGAGGUCAACAGUGAAGAAGUAGCUAAUGCAUUCUGGGAAUACGUUUCCACACUGAGCAGCAACACUAAGAAUGCCAUCGACCAGAUUCAGCAAUCAGAGAUCAGCCAACAGCUCAAGUGAGUAACAAGCAAAAAAUGGAAUAAAAGCUACUUAAUUUAUAAAAAUUACAGAAAAAGUGAAUUGGGUGGUCCUUUGUUUGUGCACUAGGUCACCUAAACAGUGUUUAUAGCUCGAAUGUAAAGACAAGUAUGGGAUGUCGCAUGUAGAACAGCCCAUAUGAAAGCAUUACUCAAUGCUUUCCUAUGGGCGUCCAGCAUCUUCUCACUGUGAUUUUCACAGUGAAAAUCGUGAAAGCGCCUCUAGUGGCUGUCAGUGAGAUAGCCACUAGAGGCUGGAUUAACCCUCAGUGAAACAUAGCAGUUUCUCUGGCAUAGAUUCGUAAAUUGAAAGGAACAAUAUAGUCACCCAAACCAUUUCCUCUCAGUGAAGUGGUCUGGGUUCAUUGGUCCUGUCAAUUAAAUCCGCAAUGUGAAACAUUGUAGUUUAGUAAAAACCUCAAUGUUUGCAUUGCAGGGUUGAACCCCUUUCUUCCCGACAGCCACCAGAAGCACUUCCUUUUCCAAACUCAGUAUGGAAAUCAAGAGCAGCUGAUAACAGCAUUUUAUUGGAGAAGCAAGGUAUUUGGAUGUGCAUGCGUACCUCCAAUACAUUGCUUUCCUAUAAGAAGAAAUGGAUUGAAGGAGAUCGAGCAAAGGUCAGCAGACAUGCUGACAUCUUUGAAGGCCAAAUGGAGGAGUAGUGGUGCUGGAAAUUAAGUAAUUAAGUAAAUAAAACUUUAAAGUUAUUAAACUUCAUUUAUAAACAAAGGGUGGGGGCAGAAGGGUGGCGACAAAAGGGAUUAAUGAUUCCCUUUAACUUCCAUAUUAUCUAAGUGGCAUCAAGAAUUCAGAUUUUUGGGAUGCUUCCAAAGAUUCAUUGCACCAUAACCUCUGAAAUGACCUGUAGUGGCAAUGCAUCUUUUAAAGCAUGUUGGACUUUUCUCAGAAACUGUCAGUUGUACUGACAUAAUAAACCGAUGUGGAUAAAUCGGGUUAUCUGGAGACUCUAAAUUUUUUUUCAAAUUUUGUUGUUUUUGUAUAAUAUUUCGGGUUAGAAGGUUUGGUAAAUGAUGGUCCAGCAAAGUUCUUUCAUGUUGUCACAUCAAUUUGUACUUUCCCCAUCCUUUCUACACAUGUUGGAUUUGAGUUCAUCUUUUUGGAUAUUCUUUUCAAAUUAUUUAAUCAAUUUGGAUAAACUUAAAAAAUAAAUAAAUAAUUCAAAAUAUUAAAAUAUAAAAUAAGAUACAAUGUAUAAAACAGUACAGCAAUAUAUAAAAAAUAUUAAAAUAUUUUUAAAAAUAUGAAAUAGUUUUCAAAGUGUAUCCAAAAAUAUUAAUUCAUUUCAAAAAAGCUUAUAGAAAAAUAUUAAAGCAAGACCAAUAUUAGACUUUAGUAAUUGUGGUUAAGCUCCUUUUUUUAAAAUAAGGACUCCAGCACGGGCAUGUGCAAGGAGUGUGCUAGGUGUUCCAAGGCACAUCCGAAAUUUGGGCAAAGUUGUCCUAUUCAGGACUAUAUGGGGACCUUUGUGUGGGUUUUGUUAUGUUUUUAAUAAAGCAUAUGAGUAUCUCUGUAUAUGUCUGAUUAUCACAGGAGCAAAAAAAAUACUAUGUAUUUCAUCGUUUAAAUAGUUUUUUUGUUGUUUUUUUUAAGUAAAAUUGUAUCUUCUAAUUUUCAGCAAUUCAGCUUACUCAUACUCUUUCUGUGUUUUCUUGUUUGUCUUCACAGUUCUCUUAUCCAGGACAAUCUAAAGACAGUAAAUCUUUAUGCUGGAGAAAUGCCAGACCAACUCAUCCCUCUAGCCAAACAGAUCCACGAUCAACUGACUCAGAAUUCAGAAAAACUUCGGGAACAGAUCAGAGAGGAACUCAAGCAAUUACAGAGCAGGUUCACCCCAUAUUCAGAUAAGCUGCAUAAACAAAUGAGCAAAAAUUUAGAACAGUUGCAAUUUAAGCUUACUCCAUAUGCUGAGGAACUUCAGACACAGAUUGAGAAGAAUACACAGGUGGUCAGUGAGAAACUGAAGUUGGUGGCCAAGGAAAUAGAUGCUAAGAUUAGAGAAAAUGCAGACAAUAUGCAGGAGUCUUUGGCCCCAUAUGCGCAAAAACUCCAGGACAAAAUCGAUGAAAGUGUAGAGCAACUUCGAGAACAAGUGAUUCCAUACACUGCGGAGUUACGAGACGAGAUAAGGCAGCAAUCAGUGCAUUUACAGCGCCAGUUGACCCCCUAUGCAGAGGACAUGCAAAAUAACCUGAACAGAUAUAUUGAAAACAUGGAUUUCCAAAUGAGAAAAAGAGUAGAUCAGAUGGAAGCCAGGAUGAUGGAGCUCAUGACAGACCUGAAGAAGCAGCUAAACCCCUACGCCGAUGAGCUGCGGAAUAAACUCAAUGGGAAUGUGAAGGAUGUCACACAGGUUUUGGAGCCUUACCUGGCCAAAAUGAGUGAAAACAUGGACCAGAAAAUCUCAGAGUUUAAGAACAUGAUGACCCCAUAUGGAGAAGAACUUAAUAAGGCCCUUCUGCAAAGGGUGGAAGAUAUGAACCAGAAACUUGGGCACUACACAGUGAGUGUGAAGGAUCAACUAGAGUACCUGGAGAAAGAUGUCCGGGACAAGAUCAAUGAAUUUGUGAACAAAGAUGUUCCCAGAGAAGAGUAAAUCAUAUGUUGCUGAAAUAUGAUGGCAAUUGAUAAUGUAUUCUUCCUCUGAUAUCUAGAAUGUCACCGAAAGGACCAACUGACAUCUCUAUUAGAUUCAGAGAUAACAUAUACAGUAUUAUUGAGAGGUAUGAAUUGUAAAAGAGUAAAAAAAAACAGGAAAUACUAAUGUGUGAAUGUAUCAAUAUUUGGCUGUUUAAAAUGUCUGUUUUGUUGAGCAGGAUGUGCUUAUUUCUCAGUACAUACAAAAAUGUUCACCGCUGUGCCAAGUUUCUCAAAAAAGAUUCUAUUUCUUUAUUUCCACGCUGGCUGUUAUUCAGAUAAUAACGUUUUAAGAUCUUUGGAGCCAUCUGAAUUUUUAUGCAGCUAAGUACAAUAUACACCUAGCAAUGAACUUUUUGCAUAUAACUGGGCUUAUAGGGGGUGAAUAAAAAGCUGUCUGAUCCCAGACACAUUAAUAGCCAGGAUUUAUUUAUUAAAGAGCAAACUGAAAUUCUGAAAUAAAAACGGAAAUGUAAUAUUUUAUCUAAAUUAACUGACUUUAAAAACUGAUAGUCAUAGAUUGGCCAUUUUUCUGUAAAUUUUGCAGUCUGAUGAUCAGUCCACUACAAUUUGGUGUUUAAUGAAUAAACCCAUUUAUGUGUGUUGAUAUUUAUUUGAAUUAAAAUUGUUCACUUCUUACAUUUAAAGCAUAGUGUGUCUGAGUACACAUUGUAAUUUUAGUAUGCUGUUUGGCAGAGCUGUUUAAUUUAACUCACAGAUUUGCUCUUCACUGGUAAAACAUUCUGGGCCUUUGUUCUCAGUUACUUGCAAUAAAUAAGCAACUCAGCAAUGCAGACUGUGUCUUAUCUUGAUUAUUUACUGUUUAUCUAUAUCUAUAUGGUAAC